AUGGCCAGGCCAGCACUCAACACGCUCACCGCCGGUGCACGGGAGGCCAAGGACGAGCUCAUCCGCCUCUGCACAAGCGGCCGCCUCAAGGACGCCAUCCGCCACCCCUUCCGCGACGUCCUCUGGUCGGACGUCAGCCUCUUCACGCACGUCUUCCGGGCCUGCCGCGCCACCCCGCUCCUCCGCCAGCUCCACGCCUUCGCCGCCACCUCGGGCGCCGCCGCCGACCGCUUCACCACCAACAACCUCCUGCUGGCCUACGCGGACCUGGGCGACCUCCCCACCGCGCGCGACCUGUUCGACAGAAUCCCCAAGCGGAACGUCAUGUCCUGGAACAUUCUGAUCGGGGGCUACAUCAAGAACGGCGACCUGGGCAGCGCGCGGACGCUGUUCGACGAGAUGCCCAGGAGGAACGUCGCCACCUGGAACGCCAUGGUCGCUGGGCUCACCAAUGCAGGGCUUGACGAGGACAGCCUGCAGUUCUUCCUCGCCAUGCGCAGGGAGGGGUUGCAUCCCGACGAGUUCGGCCUGGGGAGCGUGUUCAGGUGCUGUGCUGGGCUCGCCGAUGCUGUCUCCGGACGCCAGGUCCAUGCGUACGUCGUGCGGUGUGGGAUGGACACCGACAUGUGCGUCGGGAACUCCUUGGCUCACAUGUACAUGCGGUGCGGGUGCCUUGCGGAAGGAGAGGCCGUUCUCCAGGCGCUUCCGUCUCUGACGGUUGUGUCAUUCAAUACCACAAUCGCUGGCAGGACGCAGCAUGGAGACUCGGAGGGAGCGCUGGAGUACUUCUCCAUGAUGAGAGGUGUUGGGCUCGCGGCAGAUGUGGUCACCUUCGUCAGUGUUAUUACCUCUUGCUCGGAUUUGGCAGCCCUCGCACAAGGUCAGCAAGUUCAUGCGCAGGUUAUCAAGGCUGGGGUAGACAAGGUAGUGCCAGUCAUUACCUCCCUUGUGCAUAUGUACUCUCGCUGUGGAUGCUUAGGUGACUCUGAAAGAGUUUACUCUGGUUAUGUUGGAUUAGAUCUUUUCCUUCUCAGCGCAAUGAUCUCGGCUUGCGGGUUCCAUGGGCAAGGACAUAAAGCAGUUGAGCUCUUUAAACAGAUGAUGGACAGAGGGGCUAAACCUAAUGAGGUUACUUUCCUGGCCCUGCUAUAUGCGUGCAGCCAUAGUGGUCUGAAAGACGAAGGCUUGGAGUUCUUUGAGCUUAUGACUAAGACUUAUGGGUUGCAGCCAAGUGUGAAACACUACACUUGUAUUGUGGAUCUUCUUGGGCGUUCAGGUUGUCUGGAUGAAGCAGAGGCCCUUAUCUUGUCGAUGCCUGUACGUGCUGAUGGGAUCAUAUGGAAGACACUGCUAUCUGCCUGUAAGACCCAGAAGAAUUUUGACAUGGCCGAGCGGAUAGCAGAACGAGUCAUUGAGUUUGACCCCCAAGACUCUGCGCCUUAUGUUCUGCUAUCAAAUAUCCGCGCUACCAGCAAGAGAUGGGGAGAUGUUAGUGAAUUAAGAAAAAAUAUGAGGGAGAAGAAGGUGAGGAAGGAGCCUGGUGUCAGCUGGGUGGAGCUUAAGGGCCAGGUGCACCAGUUUUGCACUGGGGAUAAAUCACAUCCAAGACAAGGGGAGAUCAUUGAGUACUUGGAAGAAAUGAUGGCCAAGAUUAGAGAGUGUGGCUAUGCACCAGACAUGAGCAUGGUGUUCCAUGAUAUGGAGGAUGAGGAGAAAGAGGUUAGCUUAACUCACCACAGCGAGAAAUUGGCGAUAGCAUUUGCGCUUCUCAGCUUACCUGAAGGAGUUCCUAUCCGCGUAAUGAAGAAUCUACGUGUGUGCGAUGACUGCCAUGUUGCUAUCAAGUUGAUAUCUCAGGUCAUGGGUCGAGAGAUUGUGGUCAGAGACGUAAGCCGCUUUCACCAUUUCAGAGAUGGGAAAUGCUCUUGUGGAGAUUAUUGGUAAUGAGAGCACUCAACUGUGGGAAUAUCUUUCCAUCCGCUGCGGGGACGAGAUUGGAACAUUUGGUUCAUGGACAUUUUGUGGUCACCAGGUUUGGUUGAUGCUACGCAACUGUGGCAUACUGGCAUGGGAUGUUCAAUUGACUGUUUGAGUUUCGAGUGGUCUGGUACCAAUUUGUCUUGUAUUUUAUACAUCAUAAGUAAUGUAUCCUUUCAAUGGUAUAAAAUUUUGUUGGAUC